AUGGCCCCUUGCAAAGUGGACCCACAGGCAUCCCUCGGGAGCAGGCGGGUGCUUCGUCAUUGCUGGUGCUGGUGGUGGGUGACCUUGGCGCGGAGGCUGUCGGUGCGGCAGCUGCUGCAGUGCUGUCGGAGGGUUGCCGGGGAAAGGAGAUUGGCUGGCGAGGAAGAUGAGGAAUGUGCUGCCAGGAGACUGGGAUCACGGCCAGAUGCUAAUUACGAUGGCAUGGGGGUGCUGGUAGUUGAUGCUAACAACACGAUUCAUGGUGGGUGCCUGCGGUCAUGCUGUAUCAGCCUGACCUCUGGAGGGGCUGGACACUGGGUAACUGAUCCCCAAGAAAAGCCAUGGACAUUAAGGCUCAGCCCAAGGAGCUGGGAUUACAGGUGCCAACCACCAUGCCUGGCUAAUUCUUAUACGUUAGUAGAGACGGGGUUUUGCCAUGUUGGCCAGGCUGGUCUCGAACUCCUGAGCUCAAGUGACAAGGCCGCCGGCCUCGACCUCCCAAAGUGCUGGGAUUACAGGCAUGAGCCACCGCGCCUGGCCCCUUUGCUGAUUUUUAAUCCGCAUCCUUCCACUGUGUUAAGCUGUAACUGUGAAUACAACAGCUUUUUUGAGUUCUGCAAUUCUUUGCAGCAAAUCGUCAUACCUGAGCGUGCCUUGGGGACUCCCCGACACAUCUUCCCACUCCCUCUUCUGUUUUCUCACUUCCUCCGGAGUAAACUGAAAGAGGCCCCUGCUUGCCUCUUGCAAGGCAGUUCUGAACACACUGAGAUCAUUUGUGAUCUCAUAUCCUCUUCUAAGCAAUUCAUCAAGAAAUUUCUUUCAAAUAAACCCCGUGCUCUUCAUGGAGGUGAUGCUGAUGAAAAUGACUUUCUCCAGCUUAUUACACAUUUGCAGAAGCUCCUGUUUAAGAGUUUGAGCAUGUAUGUGUGUGUGCGUAUACACCAGCACAUACAUGCAUGCCCACAGCUGUCAUGCCUUCACCAGAACCAGGACGAGGAGUUAUUCUAUUGCCAGAAUUGAA